AUGUCCUGUGCAUCUAGAAUCGUGGGAAAGUCAGGUACACCUGGCUACUCUUGCACACCGGGCUCCGUUGGCUUUCUCCCAAAUAUCGCUACCUGCAGUAAUGCGACCAACGUUUCCAUUGGAAAGCCUCUUUAUAUGAGCACCGCACCUGGACGUGCUUGCGCGGUCUCGACAAAUUUCACCCGUACGACUACAGGUGUUGAUGUUUUAGCCGUCAGUCCUGAGAAUCCGGUUUCCGUUUUUCAGUCCUGUUGCGGCGUGGGCAAUACCAAAAGCGAGAAUUACGUGAGGAGCGGGUUUGGAGUCACUGGCGGGCCAUGUGGAUACACCUUUUGCAACGUCACUGACCAGGUAGCUCAAAAGUCAUUCUUGAGCUGUCUUGGAGAGAAGGCUCCUGGUAUCAAGGGCGAUUGCUUUACAAGUUACAUAUCGGGAUCGAAUUUCAUCACUUUCGACUCUAACACCCCACCCAGUGCCAGUACCACUGCAAAACCUACUUCGGGCUCGACAAAACUCGUCGGUAUUGGCAUGAUCACUUGGGUUCUGAUGGCUGUGGUUGGGAUCGCUCUUCAGUAA